GAGUCUGAGCUCAGUCUGCGCCCAGCUGGGAGCGUGCUCAUCGACCACUCUGACGGAAAAAUCACAAAACUGGGGCUCACCUCCCCAGACAGGAAUGAAGGAUGGAAUUUGCAUGCAAAUAUGUCUAUGUGCCGCCACUGAUUGAGAAGCCAAGACGUUCAGCCCUGAUGCCACCUGUGAAAAAGGUACGUCCACGCACCCCACCACCUCCCCCACCUGUACCCCUCAGGGACGUCAGGACCACCUCUGCCUCCACCCCCUCUCCCUCACCUUCGCCAUCCCCUUCGGCUAAUACUCUGCAGGUGGUGGGGCCAUUUCAGGAUUGGCCAGACCCACAUGCGCGCUCAGCUCCUCCAUCCCCCCGGCUGAAGAGGACCCCUGCCAUGUCAGGACGAAGACUCAGCUCCCCCAGUAAGAGUGUGGAACAGCAGCAGCAGGACGAUGAAGAAUACUGCACCAUCCUGCCAGCUCCUCAGACCACCCUUACACCAGGCCUCAGCCCCAACAAUAACAGAGCCCCUCCACUCUCAGCUCCUCCUCUUCCACCUCGGCCAGCCUUCCUCUCCCUGCCCUUCCCAGAGUACACCAUAGUAUUCCCCUCGGAGCCUCCCUCCCCCUCUCCCUCUCUAGUCUCACCAUCGUCAUCAUCAUCACCAUCCUCCCUUCUCUCCUCAAACACUGACCACGCGCUCACAACAAGGCCUGAUUCUUCACCACCAUCCGGCCCUGUGGAGAAACAGCCCUUGCUCGGGAAUCCCAAUGUCAUACUCAUUGACCUUGAUACAAUUGUAUCACGUCCCAGUGGCAGGUUGAUGGAAGGAGAGCCCACAGCAUGUGAUGCAUGUGGUUCAGUUCUGGACACCUGCUAUGACAAUGUGGUGGCUUCCUGCUACUUCUGCCAGUCGUGGGUAAAGUCCUCUGGUGCCGACCCCACGCACCCCCAGCCCUGCUCCUCCUCGGCCCCCUACCAGGAUACCCACUUCCUGCUGACCCCAGACCAGCCGGCCGAGGCCCUCCACACACUCAUCGUCUUCUGCAUCGACAUCUCCGGCUCGAUGAGCAUCAGCUCCCGGGUAGAAGAAACUGACAGGCCAGUAUGGAAAACACGCCUGGAGUUUGUGCAGGAAGCCGUGCUGCAGUGUGUCCAGAGUCUCAGUCAGACCGAGCCCAGCGCUCGAGUGGCCCUCGUCACAUUCAACAACGAGGUUACGCUGCAUGGACAUGGAGAGGUGGCAUCCUGGCGAAUAUGCGGGGAGGAGUUAAAGGAUGCUGAAUUCCUGAAAAACGCAGGCUUGAAUUUCGAAGUCCCACCCCCAGUCAGUGAAACAAAAGACUACCUUCAACAAGCAAUAUACAGCCUUGAAGAGGGCGGAGCCACGGCAUUAGGUCCUGCAGCUGUCGUUGCCAUAGGAAUGGCCUCUCAACUGCCAGGAUCAAAGGUGCUGAUCUGUACGGACGGGAGGGCCAACACUGACCUAGGGGAUCUGGAGGCGGAGGACAAGGACUCCUGCAUCAGCGUCUCCUCCACCAUCUUCUACAGGGACCUGGGAGAGUACGCGGCCAACAGAGGGGUGACUGUCUCGGUGAUGUCUCUGGAAGGUACAGAUUGCCGGCUGGAUGAGCUGGGGAGAUUGGCAGACUUCACAGGAGGAGAGGUGUUUAUUUCCAGCCCUGACAAACUGUAUAGUGCCUUCCAGGGAAUGAUUGAAAGCAGAACCAAGGCCACACACUGCUCUGUCACGCUGCUGCUCCCCACCACAAUGUGCCUGAAGGGAGAGAGAGAGACGGGGAACCGUGCAGUGCGAAUGGUGGGGAAUAUCAUGCCUCACACGGAGCUCACUCUCCAGUACGGAGUGAGAGAACAGAGAGAGAACAGCCAGAUUCUCCUCUCUGCAGGGGGCGUAUCUUUACAGCUACAGGUGAAGUACCGAACGAGGGAUGGACUGAGCAUGCUCAGAGUGAUCACCGCCUACAGAGAUGUCACCAGCAACAGUUGCCAGGUGCUGUCUUCUCUGAGUCUGUGUGUGUUGCAGUUGAACUCUAUUCAGAGCAGUGCAGCUCUGGCAGUGAGGGGGCGACUGAGGGACGCCCAGAAAGAGAAGGAAACACAGGCACAGCUCAUACAGCAAGCUGCUGACUAUCAACAAAGCUCUUUGUAUGAACUGGUGUGUACAGAAUGGACAAAGGCUUCAGAUCCUCUGUUCAACAUGUACAAAUACACACGGGGAAAUCCAGUGUUAACCAGUGUAAACUCAAAGCCUCUGACCGAUAAAGGGGCAGCUCUGCUCUUUGGGAUGAAGCAUGGGAACAGGAUGUCCAUCUCACGCAGGAGUGUGGCCAAACCCUCACUGAUGACCUCUGACCCAGGAAGUCAAACCGCCUAGUUGUCCCCCAUGGCGGCCUCUCCGUUAUGUCCUCCGGCCGUGUGCCUCAUGCUAUGUCUGAAAUGUGUUCAUGUGUCAGUGCGUAUGGUGUAUUACUGUAAUUACGCACUGAAACAUAGUGUCCGAAGUGCACAAGUGCACCAUCUAGGGUCAGUGCACCGGCGGUUAGUGCAUAGUGCACACAGUGCACUGAGGUCUUUAGUGCAUUGUGUCGUAAAUAUGUUUGAACACUAUGCACUGUGCCCUCACUGGAAGUGACGGGUGAACAUAGCAUUGCCAAAAUAUCGGUUGGCUACUGUUUACAUUGCACAGCAUCUCGUGCUUGUAUACAUUUCCUUGUGCCCGAAGUGCACAAGUGCAUCAUCUGAGAGACAGCAUCAGUGUCGGCCCUCCUCCCGUGGAGGAAACAAUGAGCUCUUUUGUGAUGGCGCAGGCUGCAAAAGCCUGUGCCUUGUGCACAGGGCCGCUGACAGCUUUUGCUGGGACCAGGACAAAUUCAUCUGAAAGGGCCCCCUACCCAAUACAUACAAUGUAAUGGUAAUGGGAUGCCCUAUCUCCAUGGGCCCGGGACAACAUACCCCUUUGUCGUCCCCUUUGUCCACUCUGUAUGCUUUUUAGUCUUGUCUUUAUACUGUUGUAAUUGUCUGUAUGUCCAAGUGUUCAUUGCAUGACUCCCAAAAUGCAAGACAAAUUCCCUUCGGGGCAAUAAAGGUUUUCAUUCAUUCAUUCAA